AUGGACUUGUCCAGACUGCUCACUGAAUCUGGACAUCUAUCCAGUCUUUUCGAGCGCGAAGAGGUGGGACAGGAAACCUAUACUCCCGGCCAACGACAUCUGAUCCGAAUAUGCUCCAUCAGCUCCUCGUCCACCUCCAUAGUCAGCGGCCUGGUUGCCUUCUACACUCUGGGGAUGAUUCACCCCAAAAAGCGAAUGUUCCGUCACAUCCUGAUUGCCAUACUGAUUGCCUUUGACUUCCUCAAAGGCAUCGUGUUGCUGGUGUAUCCAGCAAGUUCCGAAAGCAGCUCGGAAGGGUCUGUGCAGAACGUUAAAUUUCUCAACGCCAUAGGAUGGCUAACGUGCUUCAGCAUCGAGGGCGCUGACCUCAUUAUCGUUUGUUUUGCUGUGCACAUUGCGCUUCUGAUUUUUCGUCCAGCCGUUUCCCAGCACUCAAAUGGCGAAGGCGGUCUCCACACUGUCCGAAAUUACGUCUACAUUUUGACGUUUCUCAUUCCCGUGGUUCUCAGCUCGGUCACAUUCGCAGGACACAAUGGUUACACAGAUCAGGUCAGCUGGAGCUACAUGGAACCACUUUCUGCGGUGUGGUACCUGACCUGGAUCAUCCGCUAUUGUAUUGCCAUUCUGAUCGUCACGAUCUACGUCUCUGUCUAUUUCUACGUGAUGCGCCAAUACAGGGCCGUGAGCAGCAAGAUGGAUUUUGUGAGCCACCACAAACGAGGGUUUGUCUCGGAAGUUCUUGGAGACUCGCUCAUGUACAGAGUAGGCCAGCUGCUGCUGAUGCUCAUCUUGCCAGACAUGCAAAUCACUUCCAAGUUACGUGGAAAGGACCUCAACUCGGACACAUACACCGAAAACAUGGACAGUAUCCGCCAACACGACCCCGAACUCGCAGACUACCACCCUCCACAGUCGCCGAAAGCAGAUCGAUCGAGGCACGACGUGGGGUUGGAUAUCCAGCAAUUGCUGCACGAAGAAGCAAUGGAACGACUCCGAAUACGACAACUACAGAUCAUGCGCCAGAUGAAGGUGGUCUUCAUUUAUCCCGUUUCCUAUAUGCUGCUGUGGCUGUGGCCGUUCGUGGCCCAGUGCUUCCAGCUACAGCACGGCCGUCGAGCCUACUACCAUUUAUGGGUGUUCUGCAUGUCCUCCUUCUUCCAGGCAUUCAACUGCACCAUCGACACGCUAGUGUUCUUGUUUAGAGAGCACCCGUGGAACCUACGAGCCAGCAAAGUGGACCCCUACGCUGAAUAUAGCUACUGUUGGCUCCGACGCAAACUCUCUUUUCUCCCGGGCUACAGGCUGGGCAGCCCCUCGGUGCGGGAUGCCAAUAAAACUUUCAGGCCGAAUGUAAUGCACCACGGCUCGCAGCUCAACGUGCACGCUUCCGAUACCAGAUCUAGCUCGAUCAUGGACCCCAAAGAAAACGCGCGCAAUAAUCCGGUCAGUCUGGCGGAUUUCCUCAACUCCUCCGCCCCAAAAAGCCCACAAGCCACGGCAAACCCUUCUACACGACGCAGCUCCAAGUUCAGCUGGCGCGCGUUCUCGCACAUAGGCUCGUUGACCGAGUCGAACCACUCUGAUGAACAUAAAGAGGCGCGCAAAGAGCCGGGCUUUCGCAAAGGCAGCGUCGCCAGCGGGAAGACGUCUUCUACAGACGACAACGUCGAGAUGGACCUGAUAUAUUUCCUCAAGGAAGGACGCCCGUGA